AGACAGAAAGAAAAGAAAGAAAAGAAAGAAAGAGGCUGGACUGAAAGUGUCGACCGAGGGGACGGACGACAAACCAGAGCAGAAAAAGAGGAAUAAAAAAGGAGAAGAAGAAGAAGAAGACAAGAAAAAGUAGAGGGAGGAGAAGAAGGGAAAGAUGCCCCUGGCUCAGUUGGCGGAUCCCUGGCAGAAGAUGCCUCUGGGGGGGACGGCGGGAGAGGAUGCUCAUCACGAUCCGGAGGACUCCACGGGCGAGGACGACGCCAUGCCCGCCUGCGCCGAUGACGUGCCAAUCAAGGAGAUCAGUAUCACUCACCAUGUGAAGGAGGGGUCAGAGAAGGCCGACCCUCGACAGUUCGAGCUGCGCAAAGUCCUGGGACAAGGCUCCUUCGGCAAGGUGUUCCUGGUGAGGAAGAUCACAGGACCAGACGCUGGUCAGCUGUACGCCAUGAAGGUCCUGAAGAAAGCCACUCUGAAAGUGCGUGACCGGGUCAGGACAAAGAUGGAGAGAGACAUCCUGGUGGAGGUCAACCAUCCCUUCAUCGUCAAACUGCACUACGCGUUUCAGACGGAGGGGAAGCUCUACUUGAUCCUGGAUUUUCUCCGAGGAGGAGAUCUCUUCACUCGGCUCUCCAAGGAGGUCAUGUUCACAGAGGAGGAUGUGAAGUUUUACCUGGCUGAACUCGCCCUGGCGCUCGAUCACCUUCACAGCCUCGGAAUCAUUUACAGAGACCUCAAGCCUGAGAACAUCCUGCUGGAUGAGGAUGGACACAUCAAGCUGACCGACUUUGGCCUCAGCAAAGAGUCAAUAGACCACGAGAACAAAGCCUACUCCUUCUGUGGGACGGUGGAGUACAUGGCUCCCGAGGUGGUGAACAGGCGAGGACACACGCACAGCGCCGACUGGUGGUCGUACGGCGUGCUCAUGUUCGAGAUGCUGACGGGAACGCUGCCGUUUCAGGGCAAAGACCGGAAAGAGACCAUGACCAUGAUCCUGAAAGCCAAGCUGGGAAUGCCUCAGUUCUUGAGUUCAGAAGCUCAGAGUCUCCUCAGGAACCUUUUCAAACGCAACCCUGCCAACAGAUUAGGAGCUGGACCGGACGGAGUGGAGGAGAUCAAGAGGCAUCACUUCUUCAGCACCAUCGACUGGAACAAACUCUUCCGCAGAGAGAUCCCCCCUCCGUUCAAACCGGCUGCAGGUCGACCUGACGACACUUUCUAUUUUGAUCCAGAGUUCACAGCUAAAACACCCAGAGACUCUCCGGGGGUUCCUCCCAGUGCCAACGCCCAUCAGCUGUUCAGAGGAUUCAGUUUUGUGGCCAUAACAGAGGAGGAAACACAACCACUGCCCAACGCCAUAGUACAGCAGCUGCACCGAAGCACAUCCCAGUUCUCAGACGCCUACGAGAUCAAAGAGGACAUCGGCGUCGGCUCCUACUCCAUCUGUAAACGCUGCAUACACAAAGGAACCGGCAUGGAGUACGCCGUCAAGAUCAUCAACAAGGCCAAGAGAGACCCGACGGAGGAGGUGGAGAUCCUGCUGAGAUACGGGCAGCACCCCAACAUCAUCACCCUCAAGGACGUGUACGACGACGGCCGCUCGGUGUUCCUGGUGACGGAGCUGAUGAAAGGAGGCGAGCUGCUCGACAAGAUCCUGCGACAGAAGUUCUUCUCGGAGAGAGAGGCGAGCGCCGUUCUCUACACCAUCACCAGGACGGUGGAGUACCUGCACGUGCAGGGGGUGGUUCACAGAGACCUGAAGCCCAGUAACAUCCUGUACGUGGACGUGAGCGGGAACGCCGAGUCCAUCCGGAUCUGCGACUUCGGUUUCGCCAAACAGCUGAGGGCGGAGAACGGCCUGCUCAUGACGCCGUGCUACACCGCCAACUUUGUCGCACCCGAGGUGUUGAAGAAGCAGGGUUACGAUGCCGCCUGUGACAUCUGGAGUCUGGGAGUGCUGCUCUACACCAUGCUCACAGGCUUCACUCCGUUUGCGAACGGUCCGGAGGACACGCCGGAGGAGAUCCUGGCUCGUAUCGGCAGCGGAAAGUUCUCACUCAGCGGAGGAUACUGGACGUCCGUCUCUGCCGAGGCCAAGGAUCUGGUGUCGAAGAUGCUGCAUGUCGACCCGCACCAGCGGCUGACGGCAGGUCAGGUCCUCAGACACCCCUGGGUGACACACAGAGACCAGCUGCCGAAGUACACCCUGAACAGGCAGGACGCACCGCACCUCGUCAAGGGCGCCAUGGCGGCCACCUACUCCGCCCUCAACAGGAACGUCCCCCCGGUCCUGGAGCCGGUGGGCUGCUCCACUCUGGCCCAGCGGAGGGGGGUGAAGAAAAUCACCUCCACCGCUCUGUGACCUUUAACCCCUCCCCCCCCUCCCUCCCUCACCUCCUCCCAUCAACUCUGACCUCGAUCUGACCUCCGCCGGACGUCCCUACUCCCCUCCUCCCCUCCCCUCUCCUGUCCACUCCGGUCCGGCGGGACAGACUACUGAUGGACCUGGGAACCGCUAACGCCAAAUAGGAGCACAGAGACCGCCGCUCACCUCCCUCCCCUCCCCUCCCCUCCCCUCCCUGUCCUGCACCUUAACGGACUCCUCUGAUUGGAUCUCUUCUGCUGUCUUACUGUAGAGUCUCAGUUGUGGCGUCACCGAUGGACAGCUGGACUAACGACGACCUGUCGACUCUUCCCGCCGCAGGAGGCCGAGUCCUCCUGCGGCGUUUUUUGCUUUGGACAAUCAGCGCGUCAGGAAAAUGAAAGUACUGUAUUUAUUUACUUCAAAACGGCGGGAAUCUGAACUUAGGAACACGGUAAUCUAAUGUAUGCAUUUAAAGAGCUAGAUCACGGUUAUUAUAGUGGCGUCGUGAUUCUGCGUAGCUGUAGAUCCUGCAUUUAAACCUCAAGUAGCCUCUGAGAUGACGGCGUCUCCAGAAAAGGACGGAGGGCGUGAAGCGGCGCAGGUUAACGUUCACCUCACUGAGCGGAGCGGCCGCGACCAGAAAAAGCUCCAAAAAUCAAGACGUAGGAAAAGAGGAAGCGAGAGCUGCAGCGUCCGGUCGAACCUGAAGGAAAGAAAAGUCUCACGGUUUUGUUUAGAAAAUGAACGUCAGUGCGUCUGAGGUGGAGUCACACCUCCAGCCUCCAGUGUUUUACCUGUAAGGCCAUGAACAAAAUCUGAUUGGUUUGUCUCAUCUGUUAAAGUGUUAACAAACUCAGAGGAGAAGUCUCCUGAUCUUCUAUAUUUUUUGUUUGUUAACAAAUCCCAUGAAAAUACAGUUUCUUAUAGUUUCAUCUUUGAAGAAAAGUUCAGUCAUUUCCUCAAACAGCUUUUAUCAAACCAACAGGAACAAACAGAAUCUGCCUGAGGACGCCCCCUGGUGGCCGUGGACCUGAAUGCACUUCUCUAAACUGAGUGACGUCAGUAAACUGCCAGGAGGGAAAACAAACAAGAGUCACCUUCCUCUUAAAUCUGGCACUUAAAGUUGAGUUUCCCUCCAGCGUUCACACCUGAAAUUCAUUUAUGCAAAAAAACACUGAGAAUCUAAAGUUUCAGGCUGAUGAAUCAAUAAAACAGGCGUGUUUUUACGGAUGAAUCUCGCCUUUAAGAAUUUGAAUAAAAUUUGAAGAAACACUUUGAGGCUUUAGGUGCUAUGAAAACGGCUUUAAGUGAAGGACACGGGUGACGCCUGCACAGGAAGUGUCAGAGAACAUGUGGGCGCGUCGUGUAUUUCUGUCCUGAUGAGGAGUCGCUCUUCGGGUCGGCAGCCACACCAAACAAACAGCGGGAUUAAGCCGAGACCUCGUUCCCAAACGAGCUUCCUGCCUCCGCAGCCGGUCGCUGGAGUGAGAGCACUCGAACCCGGACGACCUUCUGUACGAGCCGCCUGAUCAUCUCUGUCUGUGCAGCCGACACGGAGCUGAACUGUAAAUACAAACACGUCGAGCAACUCAGGUUUCUAUGAAUCAAGACAAUGCAUUUUUAUAUGUCAGAAAAAAAAAGGAUAAAGAAGAAGCACAGAGACGUGAGUGAAGGGAGGAGAGCGGGACGUUUCGUCUUCGUGGACGUUUGAUCUCGAUGAGAAAACGUCGGACUCAAACUCCUCAUUUCCCACCGUGUGACCAAACAACAGGAACGUCCACGUUCAUCAUGUGACACAGAGGAUCGUCCGUCUGCUGAACCCUUUAAAAACUCACCUGUGUAGCAGAAAA